UUUUAGGAAAAUCUACACACAAUCAUUAAAUACGUCGUAGAGGGGUGCCCUCAUGAUAGUCAAACAUCACCAACACCAUCGCAACCAAUAGCAAAAACAUAAAACGCAUUAAGCAAUAAUAAAUCGUCUUUCGAUCGAAUAUUCAGCAAACUCAAUGCGCCCGUUGCGCUGCAAAAAAGUGAAAAGUAUCGUCGACGUUUUCGUCUUUGUUGUUGUUGUUGUUGCUGCUGUCGCGCGCUCAUUUCCAAGUUGAUUCCGCGGCCGCACCCGCUGCUGCUGCUGCCGUCAGCAGCAACGUUAUAUUUCUAGACCAGAAAAAGAAGCAGAAUUAGUGAACAAGUGGCAUUUACAGUUGCGUUUAAGCUAAACAUAACGACGACGACAACAACAAUGAGCAACGAUGUGCAUGAGCAAGAGGUCGGCGCCGAGGUUGUGACCAGCGCUGGCGCCACUAUGGAUGACUACUUCGAACCAAUGCGCCAAAAGUUCGAGAGUCUCUGCCGUGAUCUAAAUAUGGAUAUCAAAACCGAAUCCGAGGCUUUCAAAAUGCUCAAAGAAGUGCUCAAGCACUACUCCUUAGAGGGGGAGAUCUUGCAUUGGUUCUGCUGUGCUCUAUUCGUGGCCUGCCGUCAAUCGACCACGCCCACUGUGGGUGGCCAAAAUGCAGUCGUAAUGGGGAAUUGUGUGCCAUUGAACAAUUUGCUGCGUUGCUGUCAAAUGAGCAUCUACGAGUUCAAGAAGAAGAUCAAACUGUGGUGCGACAUGGCAAAUAUGCCCCAUACCUUUGCACAGCAAAUGGAGGAGCUGGAGCGCAAAUUUAGCAUCACAUUCACGAUCUACAAGAAGUACAGAGAUAUCUUUGAUCAAGUCUUUCUAUGUCCGCCCAACGAAAAGAAUCACUCGAAGAACAGCAAAUGCUCCUAUAUCAAGCUGGACGAUAUCUGCUGGCGUCUGUUUCUGUGCGCCAAGAAUCAGAAGCCAACAACGACCCUUGAUCUGGUCACAUCGUACAAUCUAAUGAUGUGCUGCAUUGAUCUCAUCUACGCCAAUGUGCUGGCCGAGAAACGCACUGAUCUCAUCAAUCCGAAAUUUGAGGGCUUGCCAGCCAAUUGGAACUCGCCGGACUUUGACGAGACCCAAGCCCGAAAUCAUUGUAUACUUGCCUACUUUUGCGAGAUGUUCGACGAAGCCAAAGAUAUGAAGGCGACCGUCUUUAGGAACAUUAUGGACAGCUUUUUUCAGACGAAUACCGUCGUGGGUAAUAAGGAGACGCUGCUCGGCUUGAUAUCGAAUAAAAACUUUGAGCGAAACUUUAAGUCUCUGAAUAUCAGCUAUGAGCAGUAUGUUUUAAGUGUUGGCGAAUUCGACGAACGCAUACUUGGCGCCUAUCAGCACGACGCUAGCGAGCACAACAAUCUUAACGAACAGGCGCUGCGUCAGCCCGUGACGCCGUUGACACGCAAACAGGACCUGCCCGCCCAGCCCGUCAUGUCCGAGCAGAAAUUCGAGCCGGUGGCCAAUGCCACAAACAAUGUGAAGAAGCUGAGCGCCACAGUCAGUCACAUAACCGAGCCCACCGACUUUGUCAAAAGACAGGCUGGCGAAGCGGCUAUUGCUAAGAUGCUGCAAACAAUUGGGGAAAUUGAAGAGCAGUUUGUGGUCAAAUUUCCGAUGCGUAACGAGGCUAGAAAUCGAUUUCGUAUGGCCAAAUCACUUUGCUUCUACCUGAUCGAUCAUAUACUCCGUGACGAGAUUAAGACUAAGCCACAAAUCGUGCACAAGAUCUCAUUGGACAUCUUCAUUAGGACGCUGAUGGCCUGCUGCACAGAGCUCGUGCUCGAGGCCUACACCACGGAGCUGAAGUUCCCCUGGAUUCUGGAUUGUUUCAGUAUUAACGCCUUCCAAUUUCAUAAGAUCAUCGAAAUUGUUGUACGCCAUGGCAGUAAUGGCACACGGGAGGGCUGCCUUACGCGCAGCUUGGUCAAACAUCUUAAUUCCAUCGAGGAGACAUGCCUGGAGCGGUUAGCAUGGAAGCGCAACUCCCCAUUUUGGGAGAUAAUAGACCACGCGCCCAAACCGCUGCCCACCUGGCAUGAGGUGACCGCUGACAAGGCAGCUGGCCAACUACAGAUAUUUCUGCGCAAAAUCUUUUUGCUUGGUUGGCUACGCAUCGGAAAACUUUGCUCGGAGCUAAACCUCGGCGAGAAGAAAUCUGAGAUCUGGACAAUAUUUGAUCAUUCGAUCACAAACAAAACAGAUCUAAUGAAAGAUCGCCAUCUCGACCAAAUAAUCAUGUGUGCAAUAUAUAUUUAUAUAAGAGUAACGAACAUGGAGGGACCCAAAUUUAGUGACAUUAUGAAGGCGUAUCGGAACCAGCCGCAGGCGGUAAAUAGUGUCUAUCGUGAAGUGCUCAUCAAAGUCAAUGAGAACGGCGAAUAUGAGCAGAAGGAUAUUAUUCACUUUUACAACUUUACGUAUGUGCCGGAGAUGAAAAACUUCUGCACCAAUUAUCUUGCUAAGAAUGGUGAUAAAAAUGUAAAUCUCCUGAUGUCGCCACACCCCACUGAGCGGCCAAUGGUGCCCAGGAAGCUAAUACACAACCACUCGCUUUACGUUAAACAAAUGUCCAAGAAUGAGAUGCAGCAGUCGCCGGAUCAGCUUGUCUACGUGAUUAGGUCAAGUCCGUCCAAGAAACUGGACUAUAUGAACAAAAUUGUGCUUGGUUCUGGAAAGCGAGUGUUGGAUUUUGAUGACAACGCCGUAAAUCCAAUUGACACGAAACGACGUAGGAUGGAGCAGCAGGCGAUUCUCGAUGAUCGCAAGGCCGAACGGAAAAAGACAACGAGACAACAAGACGAGUAAAAACAGCUGGAACACAGGAGGAGCUGUGAGCCUUGGUCACAAGGGUAUAGAAUUUGUGGGGGUCACGGGGAUAACGGGGC